AUGUCUCCGAGCAAUAUCCUGAGGGUAAUGCAGCCCCUACGAUCAUCCGUCCUCAGAACAGCGACCGGCUCGUUCCCAGCCGCGCGCUCUCUCCAGUCUUCAACACCGAGUUUCAUCUCCGGGCUGGCACCAUUCCGACGAUCCAACUCUACUACUACCACCACUCCUCCUGUCGAGUCACACUCGUCGACGUCGACACCGCUAUCUACUCCCCCCUCUCUCCGCAACUAUGCCUACUCGACCAAGACGGGCACCGUCGAAUCGGUCGGCCGCAUGGACCGUACCGUCCGCGUCAGCCACCGGCACAACAGCUGGGACUCGCACCUGCAAAAGACCUUCCCUAAGGUCACAACCUUCCUGGUGUCGGAUCCGAAUAACUCGCUUCGCGAGGGUGACGUGAUUGAGUUCACCUCCGGAGCCCCGAAGAGUCGGAACGUGCGCCACGUCGUGGAGCGCAUCAUUGCCCCCUUUGGAACGAACAUCGACGAGCGGCCGCCGGUGAAGACACGCGAGGAGAGAGAAGCCGAGCGAGUGGCCAAGAGAGCGGCUAAGUGGCAGCGCCGAGAAACUAGGCGAUUGGAGCGUGGAGGUGAGGGCGUGAAGGAGCAUGUGGGCCGGGUUAGGCGGUUGGUUAACGAGAGGACUGGAGGCGGCGUUGCGGUGCAAGAGACGGUGGUUUGA